CAAAUGCUGCAAUGGAAGAUGGGAGCUGAAGGCAGAGGUUUCAUAGGGGAAUAUCCAAGUUAAUCAAUAUAACAAGCAUUAGUUAAUUAACUAGGGCACUUUCCCAAGCCAACUCCGGGUGAUUUGUGGGUUAACAUCCGGAGAAUUGUGUGGAGGCAUUGCCAAGAGAAGAUCAGCAACAGGAGAAAGGUUACCCUGAGCAGAGUAACAUCUGAAGAUCCACUGGCAGGUCCUCGAAGAAACUACAACAUUUAUUUGAUUAAUCUGUCAUGGAGCUUACUAGCACAGAGUUUACUUAUAUAAAUGCCUCUGACUAUGACUUAAACACUGAUGCCGUCCCAACAGACAGUAUCAGCCCUCUGCCCCAAAUUUCCUCUGUUCAGUGGGUUUCAUUGAUCCUGUAUAUCAUAGUUGUUGUGCUUGGUGUUCCUGGCAAUGCGUUGGUUGUGUGGAUAACUACCUUUGAAAUGAAAACCUCGGUAAACACUGUGUGGUUCCUAAAUCUGGCAGUGGCCGACCUGUUGUGUUGUCUCUCACUACCGUUUACCAUCAUGGAAUUGGCCCUUGGAUACUGGCCACUGCGCCUAUUUGCCUGCAAGUUUCUCUCUUCCAUUCUGUUAGUCAACAUGUACGCCAGCGUCCUCCUCCUUACUAUGAUCAGCAUCGACCGAUGUGCCUUGGUAAUAAAACCCAUCUGGUGUCAGAACCAUAGGACUGUGAGAAAGGCAUAUCUGGCAUGUUUGGUUAUGUGGAUCGUGGCCAUCAUCCUAAACAGCCCAUCGAUGAUCUUUCUGUAUACACGGGAACGUGAGAACGGGAAAGAAGAUUGUAUUUACAACUAUGAUAUGCUUGGAUUCCACAAAGAGAAAGUGGAGGCAGCGAUUGCCAUUUUUCGCCUAUUGGUGGGUUUCAUCAUCCCUUUUUUGGUCAUCACUGCUUGCUACAGUAUACUGGUGAAAAAGGUGAGCAGACGGUUCACAAACUCCAAUAAGACGCUGAAGGUAGUCCUUGUGGUGAUCAUCGGGUUCUUUCUGUGUUGGUUACCGUACCACGUGGCUGGACUCAUUCUGGCUCUAAACUCAAGCAAAUCAGCAAUUUUCAAAUCCACCCUACUAGUAGACCCAGUUUUGAUCGCCAUAGCCUUCAUCAACAGCUGUAUUAAUCCAAUCAUUUAUGUGCUAGUGGGUCAAGAAUUCAAGAGCAAAUUUAAGAGAUCAAUCAACCUUAUUAUAAAGAAUGUCUUGGCAGAGGAAAUGAGCCAGUCGUCUGACGCCAAGAGGUCUAAGUCAACAAUCUCCACCAAGAACACAGAGGCUCUUGUGUAGUGCACAAUACAAAUGGUGUCACAGUGUGCGUUGUCGAUAAUGUCUAGUGCAGGCAUUCCCAACCACGGUACUC